AUGUCAUGUAUCCAUAUGGUGGAUUUCGCUUUAGAUGAAGAACAUGUUUUCUUGAUAAUAAGUUUAGAGAGACGAUUGAAUGAGGAUGUAUUAAAUGCAUUCAGUGUGUCUGUAAUCAGACCAGAUGAUAAAAUUCCAGUAGAAAUUAAUGAUUUACAAACAUUAGUUAUGAUGUCACCAACGAAUUCACAUUUCAGUGAAAUGAAUCUUAUUGAAACGGAGUUUAUGGUCUUAUCUGGAUCAUUUCUAACCGCAGAUUUCAGUAAAAGGUGCUUUUCUUUGAAAUUAAAUUUUUAUGAAAAUCAAGGGGUAGAAGAGGUGGAAUCUUAA